AGUGCAAGCAACGCGACACUCGGACAGAUCUUUCUCACGCCGUUCAUGCAUACGCGAUAUCUGGGUAUAUGAUCACUGAAAGCACUGAAAACACGUGGAAAUUUGUGUAAGAGAUUUGUGUUUAUAAAUAUAUAUUAUGUAGAGCAUUUAUGAAUUAAUAAUUUGGUGAAAUAAAGAUUAUAGAUUAUUCAAGUCAAUCGUAAAAAUUCACUUAUCAAAAUGAAGGUGAAGAAGGUAAACCAGAAGCCUCUUAACUCAAAAAAGAAAAAAUCAGCAAUUGCUAAGAGAAAAAAGAGAGGUUUGAAUAAAUUGACUACGGAAGAGUCCUUUGAACAAAAUUUUGAAACGGAUAGCGAUGCAUGUGUUGAUGAUGAAGAUAAAAACAUAGAUAACAAAGACAAUGAGGAGAUAAACAGUGACAGCAGUGAAGGUAACUUGGAUCCAGUAGAGCAUAAAAAGUCAUUGAUGAAACUGAGGAAAAAGAAAGAGUUGAGUAAAUUGACCACGGAAGAGUUCUUUAAACAAAAUUUUGAAAUGGAUAGCGAUGCUUAUGAUAGUUAUGAUGAUGAUGAUGAUAAAAACAUAGAUAACAAAGACAAUGAUCAGAUGGACAGUGACAGCAGCGAAGGUGACUUGGAUCCAGCAGAGCAUAAAAAGUCAUUGAUGAAACUGAAAGAUACUGAUCCUGAGUUUUAUAAAUAUCUGAAAGAAAAUGACAAAAAUCUUCUGGACUUCAGAGUGUCGGACGACGAAGAUGAUAAUUCUUCAAUAGAUGGUUCCGAUAAUAGACAUGUUCCUAAUGAAAAUUUGGAGGUUGCUAGCGACGAUAGCGAUUUUCAGCCGGAAGAAACUGACGGCGAUUCUAAAAAGAAAAUCACUCUACAAUUACUGAAAACUUGGCAACAAAAAAUACAAACGGAUAAAUCGAUAGUCACUAUUAAAUGCACUGUAGAGGCCUUCCAUGCAGCUUUAGAUAGCGUCGCAGUAUUACCUGAUACAACUACAGAAUACAAAGUAGAAGGAAGUGCUACAUUUAAUGCUGUCAUGCAACUAUGUAUAAUGUAUCUGCCUGAUGCAUUCAAACGCUUUUUGAAUCUGGAUUCAGAAUCACAGGAAGCACAUAAAUCUAAAAGAUUCGGAAAAAUACGAUGGAUCUUAAAAUUGUACUUGUCUGAUUUAAUCAAAUUAUUACAAAGUGUAGCAUCAACCAGUAUUCUCACAGUGCUUCUGAAGCACCUACGUCAAAUGUUGCCUUAUACUCGCUCGUUUUCAUCUUUAACUAAACCAUUGCUGAAGAUUUUGAUAAAGCUUUGGUCAACUGCAGAAGAAACUGUUCGGGUUACAGCUUUCUUGAACAUAUUACAUAUUGCAACUAGCAAAGAAUCUGUAUUAGAGAAGCUAGUAAAGAACAUGUAUGUGAAAUACGUUCAGAACACAAAAUUUGUUUCGCCUAACACGUUACCAGGAAUAAAUUUCAUGAAACAUUCUUUGGUUGAGAUUUAUCUGCUCAACCAUGAUAUUUCAUACAAUCAUGCCUUUCUAUACAUCAGGCAAUUAGCGAUUAAUUUAAGAAACGCCAUAACAUUAAAGAAGAGGGAAAACUUUCAAGCUGUAUAUAAUUGGCAGUAUAUUAAUUCUUUGCGCUUCUGGACAGAUUUGAUAACUAAAUCAAAGGAGAAAUCCAUGUUACGAUCGCUAUUGUAUCCAUUAGUCCAGAUUAUUGUUGGAACAAUAAAAGUCAUUCCAACGGCGCAAUACUAUCCCCUGCGAUUCCACUGUGUAGAAAUGUUAAUAACCAUUUCCGAGAAGACAGGAAUGUUCAUACCCAUUUUGCCGUUCCUCCUCGAGAUAUUGGACUCUUACGAUUUUAAUAAGAGGCAUAAAGCAGUUACGAUGAAACCUAUACCGCUCAUUUGCAUAUUGAGGAUGUCGAAAUCGCAAUUGGUGGAGAACGGUUUCAAGGACAGUAUUAUCGAAACCGUUUACCGUUUUAUCUUGGAGGAUGCAGCGAAUGAAAGUCACAAGAUAUAUUUUCCGGAUGUGUAUAUACCUUGCAUAAUACAGUUAAAAGCGUUUCUGAAGAAGUGCCGUGUGGCGACUUACUGCAAGAAGAUAAAACAGCUUCUAAAUAUGAUUGAGGAAAACAGAAAAUACAUCGAAGCUGAGCGUAUUAAGAUACCGAUAGAUCUGAAGAACACGGCAGAGAUCACAAAUUGGGAGAACCGAGUAAAGACGGACGGCACAGAAAUAGCCAAGUUCUACGCUUCCUGGAUUCAAAUACACAAGUCUCAGAUGCUCAAACUUCUUACGAAGAACGAAGAAGUGCUCAAUGUACCGGCGAGAGCACUGAAGAGGCAGAAAUUAGAUGAGCGAGAUGCAGAGGAUAGCGAAGAAGAGAGCGAAUUUGAGUUUCGGUUGAAGGGAACGGAAUCCGAAGGAGAAACGAAAAAGCCGAUAAAUAAGGCGAAAAAGCAUAAGAAGAACAAAAAAAGGAAGACGAUCAACAAUGUGGAGGAUGAAGAUUUGCCGAAAGAAGAUACAGAUAUCGUACAAGAUAUAAAUAGUGAUGAUUGGGGUUAAAAAGAGCAAGAUGACUGUAGAAUUAAUGAUCAUAUGAGAUGAAUAAUACAGCAUGUAUUUUAUAUUCUGAAAUGUAUUGCAAUAAAUCUGUUAUUAUCCUUAUA